AGCUGUCAGGUGAGUGCGCUGCUGCAGGUCAGUGAGUGGAGCUUCACUAACGCAGGAAAUUUACCUCGCGAAGGAUUCACGUUUUCAGCCUGUUGGACAAAUCACAGAGGCAGCCCCCGCCCCUCUCUCCAAGCCAGAGCUCCUGCUGGCUCUCCAGAAUGUUCCCUUUGAGGCGAGUAUCUUAUAGGUAGCAAACAAUCACGGUGGACUGUGACGUGGAGAUGGUCACGUGGGCCGUCUUGCUGACAGUAUGCAUAUGGAUACAGACACAGACUGCCUCAGGACAACAAACAUGUCCUUCUACUCCACGCGAGCUGGUGGAUUUCACUGUAAAAUACUCCCUCCCCCACUUCCAAACAGACAAACCCAUACAGAACAUAGCUGUGAACUUGGAUUCGCACCAGCCACAGAUGUAUGUCGCAUGCCAGAAUGUAAUAACAGCAGUCGACUACACGAUGGGAAAAAUAUGGGAGGUGAAAACUGGACCUGUUGGCAGUCCUGACUGUGAAACCUGUCAGGUUUGUGACAUAGAACCAGAUCCUGGGGAUCCAGUUGAUACAGACAAUGAGGUUCUGCUUUUGGAUCCUGCUGGAUUUCUUAUGCCCUACUUGUACAUUUGUGGGAGUAGUCAGCAUGGGAUCUGUUACUUCAUUGAUGUUAGCUCAGCACAGCCGGAGCCUCAGUGUUUAUACAAAAAGGAGCAGAACUCUCCAACCUUCUGUCCAGACUGUCUGGCCAGCCCGCUUGGCACCAAAGUCACCAUUGUUGAACAGGCAGCCACAUCGCUCUUCUUUGUGGCGGCUUCUGUCAAUGACAAAGUAGCACAGAGGUAUCCAAGGAGGUCAAUAUCAGUGAUGAGGCCGCUUUCAACCGAAGAUGGCUUUCAUAUGGUCAUGAAUGGGCUGACGGUGCUCCCCGGCCUAAGGGACUCGUACAAGAUUGAUUACAUCUACAGCUUCUCCACCAAGGACUACGUCUACUUCCUGUCCCUGCAGAGAGAAAAUCCAUCAAAGAGCAAUUCAGCUUUUCAGACUCGUCUGGGACGACUGCCGAUUUUAAUCCCAGAGGUGUGGAUGUACAGAGAGGUGGUCCUGGAGUGCCGGUACGACCCAAAGCGCAGGAGGAGAAGGAGAGAGGCUUUCAGGGACAUUGUGUACAACGGGCUGCAGGCGGCGCACUUUGGGCAAGUGGGGAAGGACCUGGCAGACGAGCUGAGGGUGGCCGAGACAGAGGACCUUCUGUUCGGGGUGUUCGCCGAGGUGAACGAGCACGGUGAGCCUCAGAAAAACUCGGCCCUCUGUGCCUUCCCUUUGACUAAAGUGAACCAUGCAAUUGAUGAAGGUGUGGAGGCCUGCUGCAAGUCAGGUCCAGAGCAGCUGUCCAGAGGUCUACGUCACUUCCAGCCGCUCGAGAGCUGCCCACAUGAAAGCUCUGAAGGUAAUGACACAUGCAGACACAAAGCCACUCUGGUGUCAAAGCCGUACUACAGACUGGACCUCUUCAACAGGCAGAUGAGAGAUGUCCUUUUCACCGCUCUCCUGGUCACCACUAUUGGGAAUCACACUCUGGGCCACUUUGGUACCUCAGAUGGACGGAUACUGCAGGUGAUUCUCUCUCUAUACAGGCCUAUCGUUUUUGCCAACUAUUUUUUGGAAGGAGCCCGAGUGUCCAGGACAGCAGCGGUGUACUCAGAAGAUUCACUUCUCUUUGUAGUUGGAAAUAAGAUGUUCAAGGUGCCCUCUGCAGGACCGGGGUGUGCACAUUUUAUGACAUGCUCCAUGUGUCUGAUGGCUCCACGCUUCAUGAACUGUGGCUGGUGUUCAGGAAUCUGCUCCAGGCAGCAUGAGUGUGACUCGGAGUGGAACAAAAACUCUUGUGCACCCGUCAUCACAGAGUUCUUCCCAAAGAUGGAACCAGCUGGCGGCGAGACAGAAGUGACACUGUGCGGCUGGGAGUUUCAGUCUCCUCUGCGGCCUGCCAUCAUCAGCGGCAAAACCCACAUUGUCACGGUGGGCUCCGGGACCUUGUGUACGGUCCUGCCUGAAAAGAGCAGUAGUGAAGUGCUGGUAUGUAAGAUCCAGGAAAAAACCAAACCGAGCCAGAACCUUACCAUCACUCUGGAAGUGCAUGAGGGGGAAGUGGAGGGCCGCUACUCAAUUGAAGGCACAGCUCAGACGCCUGGCUUCUCUUUCGUGGAGCCGAGCAUAACAGAAAUCAGACCUGACUACGGGCCCGUGUUUGGUGGAACAACUGUUACACUGACAGGAAGAUAUCUUAAUUCUGGGAUACAGAGAAAUGUCAGCUUUGCUGACAAAAAGUGCAGCAUUCAAAGUACUACUGAAGGAAGUGAGACUUUGUCUUCAAUCGUCUGCCGCACAGCGACCGCAGCAGGUGUCGGGAAGGUGCCUGUGAAAGUCUUCAUUGACAACUUUCAAGUGACGACCUCUAAGAUGUUCUCCUACAAGAACAACCCAGUUAUAAGUUCUGUAGAACCGUACUGCGGUUUCCAAAGCGGCUCCAAGUUGGUGAUAGAAGGUCAGAAUCUUGACUCUGCCCACACAACUGUGGUUCAGUACAUUUCCAAAAAUCCCAACCUGCAAUCUCUUCAACAAGUCUGCAACGGAGCAACAAAUGCCACAUAUAUGGAGUGCUCGGCCCCUGCUUUUCCUGAGGAAAUGCCAGAAGAAAAGUCAGACAACGGAGAGAUAUUUAUUCACAUGGACGGAAAAAGUAACCUCUGGAAGAGACGGUUUGACUACUAUCCCGACGUCAAAGUCAUCCCUUUUGAAAACGAAGACAAAUUGUUGCUUCUGAAACCAGGAGAGACGGAAGUUUCGCUGCAUCAUAGAAAGCUGAACACAGUGAGCACAUGUAUGAAGAUCAUAAUGACCAUCGGGGGUGUGAACUGCAACGCCCAGGUUCUGUUAAAUGAGCUGACCUGCAGGAUUCCUAAAGGUCUGGUUAUUCCCAGCGAAGGGUUGCCCGUCAGGGUGUUUGUGAAUGGGGAAGUUUAUAAUGUGGGCACAGUAGUGAACGAUGACAGCAACAACAACACUGUGAUCGCGGGCAUUGUGCUGGGCAUCAUUGCCGCGCUGGUGGUAGGCGCUGGCCUUGCGUUGAUCGUGAUGAUCCAUCUGAGGAAGAAAAAGCGAGCCAACAUCGAGAAUCGCUUAUCAACAAUGCUUUCACGGAACCGCAUAGGCAGCGGGCCAGACAUGUCUCCGACAGGUGAUUACAGACGAGUCGAUCUGUCCAGUCAAACAUCAGGUUCAGGGGGAAUGGCCUUCCAAGGUUUGCUGUACGCUGCCAGCUACGAUCAUCUGUCCAUUCCUUUAAUGCCACGGGACAACAUCUCAAUGGUCAGUCUAAGUUCUGAUCUUCUUGAAGAGGUCAAAAAUGUCCUGAUCCCUGCUGAGAUGCUCCGGAUCGAGGAUAGCCAGAUUAUUGGCAAAGGCCACUUUGGGACGGUUUAUCAUGGAUACCUGAUAGACAGCAACAAGCAAGAGACCCACUGUGCUGUGAAAUCACUGAACAGGAUCACAGAUUUAGGGGAGGUGGACCAGUUCCUCAGAGAGGGCAUCAUCAUGAAAGGCUUCCACCACCCGAACAUACUGUCUCUGCUGGGCAUCAUGCUGCCUAAAGAAGGGCUCCCUCUGGUGGUUCUGCCGUAUAUGAAGCAUGGGGAUGUGCGUCAUUUCAUCCGCUCUGAGAACAGGAACCCAACAGUGAAAGACCUGAUUGGCUUUGGGCUUCAGGUUGCCAAGGGGAUGGAGUAUUUAUCCCAGAAAAAGUUUGUCCACAGGGACCUGGCUGCACGUAACUGCAUGCUGGAUGAAACCUUUACAGUAAAGGUGGCUGACUUCGGCAUGGCGAGGGACAUCUAUGACAAGGAGUACUACAGCAUUCAAGAUCACAAACGGGUGAAGCUGCCGGUAAAGUGGAUGGCCAUCGAGAGCCUGCAAACGCAAAAGUUCACGACCAAGUCUGAUGUGUGGUCAUAUGGCAUCUUAAUGUGGGAGCUGCUGACCAGAGGUGCCAGUCCAUAUCCAGAUGUGGACCCCUACGACAUCACACACUACUUGCUGAAGGGACGUCGGCUUCCCCAGCCACAGUUUUGCCCUGAUAGGCUCUAUUCCAUCAUGCUGACAUGUUGGGACCCGGAGCCUGAGUGCAGACCUUCCUUCAAUAGCCUGGUUAUAGAAACUCAGCACAUCCUGUCCUGUUUGGAAGGAGAGCACUACAUCAGUCUGAAGGUUAACUAUGUCAACUUAGACCAGCCGAGGCCUUACCCAUCCCUGACCGGAUCUGCAGAUGAGGCAGAGGCCUCAGACUUGGACACGGACAGUCAUGCUGCCAGCUGAGGCUGCAAAGCCCUGAGACUCUCUGAUAGGGACGCAGCAAUCCGGAGUAAAGUUGGACAGCGUACAAGAAAAGAGGCAACUUAACCUGGAUCCAUUUAUGUGUCACAUAAAAAGAUGAUCAAAUCUACGAAUCUGAGCACAUGGAAGGUUUGGCUACGCAUUUAAAAGACACUGUAGGUACUAUAAACUGUUAUUGGAGCUGAGGCAAAAACAUGCCAGAAGUUCCCCAUCCUUGUUACCGCAUUUCAUUUGUAGAAAAAUAGAGACAGCAUGUUGAUGGAAGCUAAUGUGUGUGUGUUUAUUUUUGUUUUGUUUUGUUUUUCUUCAAACAUCUGAAGCACAAGUGUGAAUUAGACAACAUGAAUGUAAAAUGUGCUUUUGUUCUCAGAUUCGUUGAAUAGGAUGUGGGAUUACAUGAGAUGAUGUGCUGUUAUGUAAAUAUAUGUCUCUAAACCGGUGUAUUAGACUGUUAGACAGGAGUCUAUAAGUGCUGACAUGUGCUCAGGGGUCAAAGUUUUUAUGUUUUUUGUCACGCUUCUUGCUCUAUGGGGAUAUUAUUAAAGAUGAUAUUCCCUUCACGUGUCCUAUAGAAUGUAGACUUAAUCCGAGCAGCCGUGUACAUGUGAAAUCAUCGUACUGGAUGCCAAAUCACUCGGUCUGCUCACAUUUAGUGCCUCUGUCAAAAGCUCUGCACCCACUGAAUAAUACAGUGAGCUGUCGAUGCUGCUCAGAUAUCAGCUGAGGCUCAGAAACAGACCUAGUGCCUGCCAUCGUCACUAGAGGGCGACCAAGGCCUCCUUCUAAAGCGCACUUCAGUUUGCUGCUGCAGUGACGCUCUGCACUACAGCAGACAGCACAGCACAACGGUGUUACACAAACAGCACAACUAUAUUCAUCCAAACGUCAGAACAAACUCACUCUUUCAAAUCGAUCGACGCAGCACAGCAUUCUGUACAAACUGGGGUGGUUUCCUUGUUUCCUGCACGUAAUUAAAAUCAUCUCCACAGCAAAAUAGACAUUUUAAGGGAUUUUAUAAUUUAUGCACUGAUUUUUCAACUUUUAGACUGACAAUACAGUACAGUUUAACUUGACCAACAAGCUUCCUACCAGUGGUAAUAGGUUUAGUUCUGAUGCAUUUGAUUUGUGUUGUGGCUGCAUUUUCUCUCCUCCCAUCCAGGAUUGAACUGACGUUAUCAUUUCUCUGCUCUGGGCUGCACAGUAAAGAGUGUUUUUGUACAACU